UCUACCUAACCUAAAAAUCAGAAAAAACCAUGGCAGGAGAUGAAGAUAUUUCAAAUCCAAAAGGUCUAAUGAUAGCAAACAACGAAAUUAUAAAGUCUUUUCUUAGUUCAGCAAAAUCAGAUCUAAAUCUAACAGAUGAACUUCGUCAAAUCGCUACAAAUCUCUUAUCUCAACCUUCAAUUCCAUAUAAAUCAUUAAGAAAUAUCUGGUCUGAAUCUCUCCCUUCAACCAGGUCUGAUCUGCUUCAUCUUUUUUCUGGUUCUAAUUUUGUUUUCUCCAGCCCAAAACCUAGAGAGAAGAGCAAAGAACUUCAGGAGAGAUUGAAGAAGCUGUCGGAUUUGGCUGAACGAAGAGAGUAUAAAGAGCUUGUCAAAGAUAUUACUCCUGUUGAACAGACCGAUGAGCCUUUCUCAUCUUAUAAAGAUCAAGUUGGGUUUGGUCUCCAUGUGGCCGUUACUAUGUUUACGGGUUAUUUGGUGGGAUAUGCUGCAUUCAGGGCUCUGUUUAAUCAUAACCCCGUCAUGAAUGCUGCCGGUGGUAUCCUUGGUCUAGUUUUUGCGAUGCUCUUGGAGACGCUUCUUUUUAUAAUUAAAUCUUCCAGUAAACGUCCAGUAUCUUCAUCCUUGGCUUCAUCAUCUGCUUCAAAGCUAAAGAAAGGUCAAUAACAACCAUUGUUGAGAGGUUAAUCUCUAAAGUUCGUUUUUGUAACAUUCACUUUGAAGCUCUGAUCGUUGUAUACGUAUACCUAGAAGUUAGAAGCUCAAGUUUAGGCCUAAAAUAUCACAGAUGAGGAUCAAUGCAUAAGAUAUAUAGGGUGUCUGCUUGUCUCUAUUUUGUGAAUGUUGGCCAAGUUGUCUUCCUUGGCACAUUGAACAACAGCGUGCAAUAUGGACACCUAAAGAAAAUUCAUUAGCAGGACUCUUUUAGUGAGAACUGCCACCAAACUGCGAAAUGUUGUUUUUGUUGUUGCUGCCUGACACAUAAAAUUGCACAUGUAAAGUGACUAUCUAGUUAGAAAAUAACUGAGAUGUUUGGUGAGCUUGAAUUCAGAAAGAUUUUGAUAGGACCCAAGUCUGAAUUACUGGCAGUUCUCCCUCUCGAUAUUAAUCUAUGAGACUAAUCUAUUUGUUUAUACCUUUUAAAGAGAAAGGAACAUGGCUAAUAAAGGGGAAAGCUUAUGUA